AUGAAUUAUAGCGGUAUCUACGAGGCAUACAACGAAGAUUACUCUGGUAGUAAUGGAGGAGGUGGCUUUAUGUCGAGCCAACCUACAGGAAAUCAAUCUUCACCUGCAAAACGCAGUGGUGUUGCACAGAACAUGUUGCCAGUCACAAUCAAGCAGCUACAAACAUUAGGUGCCGCGUCGACGGACGAUGAUGCGAUGCGUCUCGACGGCCAGGAAGUGUCGACUGUAAGACUUGUGGGACUGCUAACCAACUUAUCAGCACACUCUACAAGCCUUCGGUUUCAAUUAGAUGACGGAUCUGGAGUGUUUGAUUGUCAUUAUUUUAUAACAGCAGACGACACGGACGCGAGCGAGGGAGAGAUGAAUCGAUUGAGAGAGGGGAGUUACGUGCGAGUGGUGGGUAAACUCCGCACAUUUCAGGGUAAAUCGAGCUUGUCUUGCUUUAAUGUGGCACCAGUAGAGGAUAUGAACGAGCUUACUCAUCACCUUUUGGAAGUUAUCUACGUGCAUUGCUGGAACACCAAGGGGCCACUGAAUAAUGGCAAGGUGGAUGUCAAGAUGACGUCAUUUAAUACGCCUACUAAGUCAGCAUCUACUGAUCAAUGGAAUCAACCGAGUGUAGGAGGUCUUGGAGUAGGAGCAAUGGAUUAUGGCAUGAUGGACUCUAGCUUUUCACCUGAACAGAAGGCCAUUCUAGACGUGUUGGGAACAUGCACGAGUGAUCACGGACUCAAGAUCGACCAGAUAUUCGCUGACUUGCGUGGUCGAAUGACUGAGCAGCAGCUUCAUAGUGCACUCAAUUACCUUACUAGUGAGGGGCAUGUGUAUUCCACAAUCGAUGAGGAUCACUUUAAGCGCACGGCGUAG